AAUACUGCUAAAAAAUGUCAAUACGUUAACAAUUAGACCGUUCUGUAUUGCAUAAAAACGAGUUGAAUGUAGAUGGGUCUCUUAUGAACUUGAACAUAUAUAUUUAAAUUAUGGGAUGUGGGCAAAGUUCAGUUACAGAAACAAGAGUAAAGUCUCCAAAUAGGCAGGUUUUGAAACAUGAUCUAAAUUACAAUCAGAAGGAGCCUAGAACGACGGCUUCUAUUCCUCCAGGACAGGAAAAUCAACCGGCUGAAUAUGAACAAGGAAGUAAGGUUGGGAGAUUACAUAAAUACAGUGAUAAAGAAUACACAGAAGAUAUCUUUAAAGAUGCUAAAGGAAUUGAAAAUGAUUUAAAUCAGGACGAAGAUAUAACUAUGUAUCAAAUUCAGUAUUUAGAGUUGCUGGCUAGAUUUUUCCAGUUAUAUGAAAAAUGCUGUGGCAAUAUUCCUAGACAUCCUUCGAUACCAAGUGGUGAUCCAAACACAGCCAAUUUUCCAUUACCAGAUUCAGUUGGUUUAUUUCGGGUUGAUUUGCAUGACGAUACUAGUACCUUUGAUUUUCACAUUGAUGGCGACGCUGCUUGGGAGGUUAUAUCACAAGACAUUAUUAAAGAAGAUGCAACAACGCCAGAACAAGAUUCUGUAUAUGAGAAAAGAGAGAAAAGAACAGAUUUGAACGAUGGUGAACGAAUGAAGAAAAGAAGAAUGGAAUUAGCUAGUUAUUUCAUAAAAGAACGUGCCGACGGGCUUACUACUUAUUGUGACAAAUACCUUGGAUUUGCCGACAAUCUUGAGGAAGGCUGGACAAAAUUCCAGGAGCUUUUGUAAAAAGUAACUGCGCAUAAAUGUUACAAGUUAAUUUUGCAUCUACGACAAAUCUUUCAACAUUUCUUUUUUACAAGUUGUUUUAAUAAAAAUGUGUAAAACUACA